UUCGUGACGAAUCGCCGGUGGUGCGCCCUGUGUACGGGAUUGCUGGUGUUGGCAAAUCAUAUAUUGUUAAACAUGUCUACUACAAGCAAGUGAUUCAGGGAACUUUUAAAAAGUUUGGUUGGGUUGAUGUACCUCGUCCAUUCAAUUUAAGGGAAUUUUCUUGGAGAUUACUCUUGGAUUUCCACUCGGGAUCUCUCCAACAUGGCAGCAUGUUUAGAAUCAAAGACCCGGUUCAAGAAUGUCGUGAGCUUCUACAAAAUUAUAAGUGUCUCAUCGUUAUUGAUGGUCUGCAAUCCACGGAAGACUGGGACCAGAUAAAAGCUGCCUUGGCCUUUCAACGUGAUAACCGAAGCCGUAUCCUUGUCAUUUCAUAUGAAGAAAGUGUCGCCACAUAUUGUUCAAAAGAUAAUUGGUGGAAUGUCGAAGGCCUAGAAAUUGACGACGCGCUUGAUCUCUUGAUAAGAACGGCAUCUACGAGUCGUUGGAGUAGCUGGCCUUCUGACCCGAGCCCCGCGGACAUUGAGCAAGCAAAAAUUCUCCUACACAAGUGCGGCGGACUACCCCAAGUGAUUGUUGCUGUAGGCAACUUCAUGGCUGAAGGAUGGAGCAUCGACAAUGAUGACAACUUUAUGGGGACGUUGGAGACCCACCCAGCAUUCGGUAGUUUAAGGGGUCUGUUUGACUGGGUCCAUUCAUACUUCCAUUCUUGUGAAGAUUUGCUCAAGCCCUGUAUCUUCUAUCUGUCAAUCUUCCCUGUGAACCACAAAAUUCGGCGGAGCCGUUUGGUGCGACGGUGGAUUGCGGAAGGUUACUCCAGGGACACCAAAGAAAGGACCGCUGAGGAGAAUGCAGAGGAGUCCUUUCUCGACCUCUGCAAGCUAAACAUGAUCCAGGUGCCGGGAUCCACAAGCCUGUCCUAUUUCAUGAGGAUGCCCUUGUGCCAAGUCAAUGGUUUCUUCCGUGAGUACAUUAUCUCACGGUCGAUGGAAGAGAACCUCGUGUUUGAAUUGGAGGGGCACUGCAGUGUGAAUUCGCAACACACAGGACGGCAUCUCACCAUAGGGAGCACCUGGGACAGAGACAUGAGUGUGUAUGGGAGCAUCGACUUCUCGCGGCUGCGGUCACUCACGGUUUUUGGUGAGUGGGAGUCCUUCUUCAUCUCUGACAAGAUGAGGAUAGUCCGGGUGCUGGAUCUGGAGGACACAUCAUCAGUGACAGAUGGUGACCUCGAGCAGAUGGUCAAGCUGCUGCCUCGCCUCAAGUUCCUCUCCCUAAGAGGAUGCAAAGAGAUCACUCGUCUCCCAGAUUCCUUUGGUGCCCUGAGGCAGCUUCAGACUCUGGAUAUCAGACACACCUCGGUUGUCACGCUCCCAGCAAGCACCACCAAGCUACAGAAGCUGCAGCAUAUUCGUGCCGGUACUACUGUACAACUAGAUGAUGACACCAGCAUUGUUGACAGCCUAGCACCGCCGCAGCCAGAAACAGCAGUGACUUCAACACUGUCGAUGAGCAGGCUUCGUCGUGCUGCUACUUUGGUGUUGCCAGAGUUGUGGACACACCGCGGACGGCUGCUUCCUGACUCUCAUAAUGGUGGCGUUGUGGUGCCUCGAGGGAUCGGGAAAAUGACGGCCUUACACAAUAUCAGCGUCAUCGACGUCAGUGUUGCAAGUGGGUCAGCUAUCCUGGAAGAGCUCAAGAACCUUACCCAAUUGCGCAAGCUUGGAGUGUCUGGCGUCAAACGGGAAAACUGUAAGGAGUUGUGUUGUGCCAUCUCAGAUCACGCCCAUUUGGAAUCCUUGUCACUGUGGCUCGGCACGAAUCAAGCUGGCUGCCUGGAUGCCAUUUCCCCGCCUCCCAAGAAACUGGAGAGCCUCAAGCUAUACGGACAAAUAGACAAGUUGCCGCCAUGGAUCAAGCUGCUGUCCAAUCUCAGAAAAUUGAAAUUACGGCUGACUAUGAUAAGGCAACAUGAGGUGGAUCUCCUCAAGGACUUAACAAGCCUAAACAUUCUGUGUCUUUCUUUCAAGGAGUUUGAAUAUGGCGAGCUCCGGUUCAGGGGGGGGACAAGUUUCCGGCAGCUCUGGGUCCUUGAGAUUGCUUGCAACUCAAGGUUACAGUCUGUUACAUUUGGGGAUCAUGUAAUGCCUAGGCUUGAGGUCCUGAAGAUCCGCUGCUGUAAUAAUGUGCCAACCUUGAACUUUUCAGGGCUAGAGAAGCUACAAAUUCUCAGGGAAGUCUUACUUAAAGGAUCCUAUGAUAACAAAGUGGAGCAAGAUAUGCGGAGCCAACUUGGUAAGCAUCAAAACAAGCCUGGUUUCAAGGUGGAACCACGUUCGAAUUCGUCCUGAAUAGGGUUAGCUGCAUGAGUUGCCCUGGAAAACAUGUUAUCAAAAUAUUCUCGGCCCAGUUGAUAGGUUUGGCCGUUUGGACAUUGUUGGUUUGCUUUUUUGGCUAAUAACGAUCAGCUAAUGCCUCCAAUAUAGAGGGCGCAUGCCUUAUUACAUGAAACAGAAAUUGAUUGCCCUGAUUCGUGUACGUGCAUGGCUUUUGUAUUAUCUUUUGCUACCUCUUAUUUACAACUUAUACAUGGCUCUAUUUUUCAACUUA